UUCAGGUAUAACCCACUACUCAUCGACUCCACUCAACUGGCCAGUACCCAUGAAAAAUGAAUGAAGUAAAGGCGGAAAGAUCAAGGCAGUGUGAGCUAUAAAUACAGGGCAGACAGAUCUUAUAUAAAUUAUAUAGCUCGAUCUUUCUUCAUUAUAAUGGCAGAUAGCUCGAUCCCAGCCAGGUCAUCUUCACCAGUUAAACCCUCUUCAUCGUUGAAGUUAUUUGGUUUUUCACUAACUGAUCAGCCAGACGAAGUUUUAGAGAAAGCUGAAGGUUUUGGAGAAAGCAGGAAGUUCGAGUGUCCAUUUUGCCACCGAGUAUUUGCCAACUCUCAAGCACUAGGGGGUCACCAAAAUGCUCACAAGAGAGAGCGUCAGAAAGCUAGGCGUGCCCAGUUUCACAGCCAACAACGCCUCAUAGCAUCCGCACCUGUUUUAAGCUCCCACUCCUUAAGGCCCACGUUUCCCAGAGGCUUCACUGGCAACGCUGCUGCUAAAAUUGUAUCGCAACCAUUUUAUUGUCCAUCACGCCCACUGUUGCUCCCCUCCACUCCUUCUCAGUACCCUCCUCGAAUUUACGUAGCACAGCCACUGCAUUUUGCCACAGCAGCACCCGCAUUAACUGAUUUUUCUGGUCAAUUACCCGAGGCUGACAUAGGCCUCGAUCUUCAUCUUAAACUUUCCCCUUCAGGUUGUUAGAUCCUAUAACCUCUCUCUCUCUCUCUCUCUCUAUAUAUAUAUGUAUAUCUGCUUUUGCAUUUUCCUCUCUUUGGUUAAAUUUGUCUUGGAACGUGUUAUAUCUUUCAUUGAAACAUCUUCCAAUGUAUUUAAGAGUAAUUUUCCGGGCAGUUCUAGUCUUCAAGCUCUCUUAUGCCGCAGAUGAUAUGAUGUAAAACAAUUGAGGGUUAUUAAUUAAAUGACAGAAUUUUGUGUAGUUAGCAGA